GGGAGCCGGGCUGCUCCGGAGUCCUUGCACCGGAGCUGGGCACCGCCGGGCUCGGGCCGCCCCGGGCGAAGGAGGAGGAUGCGCGCAGCCUUCGCGGGACUCUCGCUCCUGCUGCUGGCGGCGGAACAGAGCGCGCGCUGCCCCGGGGGCGGGGGGGGGCCUGCUGCUGCAAGGGUUGCCAGCCCUCCAGGAUGGUCCUCGUAUCUCCAGGAAUUAAAGAUGAUUCUUUAAUGAAAGGUUAUGGCAUGGGAUGAAAUCAGUAAACCUCCAGGAAUGCAUCCAACCUGAAUCUGCAACCCUAGCUGCUGCCUGUCGGGUCCCUACCGGAGCAGGCAGGGGUCUGCACCAUCGUCCAUUAUCUUCUCUCUGGCCGGUAUCUCUGGUGCUGGUUGACCAUUGCCUUGCUUCUACCUGACUAUAUAGUUCAGCUCCUCAGCUUCUCUUGGUUCCGGGCAGAUGGGCACAGAGGCUGCUGCUGUCUGGUGAUAGUGCACAUGCUGCAGCUGGGGAUUUGGAAGCGGCAUUGGGACGCUCUGUGGACAGCUGCGAAGGCUGGAGGAAGCUCCAUUGCUGGAGAUCUCCUCAUGCAGCUGGGGGACCUGUCAGUUCUGCGGCUCUUGGAAGCCCUGCUGCAGACCUUGCCCCACCUGUUGCUCCAGAGCUACGUUUUUGUAGCGGUGGAACCGACUGGCCUUGUCCCAGGUGUCAGUGCUGGACUUUCCCUGCUCUCCCUCUCCUGGUCUUUAGUCUCUUACAGCCGCUUUACAUGCCUAAUGAAACCAGGUCAUCUCUACAUGCCAGCAGCGGCCCUCCUGUGCCAGUUGUUGUGGAGGACAGGAAUGCUAGGAACGAGGGUCGUGGCCCUGGUGCUCUUUGCCAGAGUCUAUCCUGUCUGGGUUUUUGUCGCAGCAGGUGCUCACUGGCUGGUGAUGUCCUUCUGGCUGGUGUCUCAGCAAACUGACAUCAUAGCGAGUUCCUGUCACUGGAGACUGUUCAACUUCCUGGUGGGGGCCGUGUACAUCUUCUGCUACAUUAACUUCCAAGCUGGCCCCUCCAGGUACAGAGUGGCUGUGUUUUAUGCGAUAAUGCUGAUAGAGAACAUCUUCCUUUUGAUGUUGGCCACAGACCUCCUGCAGGGGGCGCGGCGGGAGAGCCUGUUUAUGACAGGGGCUGUGAUGGCUGGAUUCGUGAUUGGCUCUGCGGCUCUGGUCUUCUAUUACAGUCUGCUACACCCCAAAUCCACAGAGAUCUGGCAGAGUUUCCUGAAGAAAUCUUGCAGCAUCACAGCUGCAAAGUAUAACGGGACAGAAGGAUCCACUUUCCGGUCCGUAAACGAAGCUGGGGAGAGCUUUGGAAUUUCAGGUCAGGGGGACAUUGUCUCUUCAAAUGCAGAAGUCUCGAAGGUGGUGCAUACCAGGCCUGCUUCUAGAGCACACAGUGAGACCUCACUUGGAGAACUUGAAGGUCAUACUUCUGUGAAAGACACCUGGGUGAACCAUCAUCAUUGGCUGUUGGUAAAGCUAGCCUUGAAAACUGGGGAUAUGUCCAAGAUCAACGCAGCCUUUGGAGACGGUGGAAUUGGGGAGCUUUACCCUUCAGGAUGGGUGGCAAGCAAACACUGCAGUGCCAUGCUUGGGCCGAAGACCAAACUUGGCUUUUCUUCGGUGGGAAAAUGCCCUGGAACCCCUAAAGCCAGAGUGGUAGGACAGAGACUUCAGGCAGAAGAGAACAGCACCGGAGAAAGCCUGAGCAAGAAGGAGACUACUUACGUCACUCUAGCAAGCAGCGAACACAACAUGUGCUCUGUUAGAACAAUGCCAACCCUGCAAGAGGAGCACAGGCCAACACCAAAGGCCCCUGACUGCACAGACUCGACGAGCAGACGUGAAGCUCAGGCAGACAAAGUGGGAGGCAUGUCUGCUCCUCUGACUCCAAACAGCAGUGCCAACGGCAGCACUGACUUGGAAGCUGUUGUGGAGCACCCAGAAGGGACAGCUCAGAUGCACGAGAGUGCAACUCUGUACUUCAGUGCCAAUGCAGAGGCCACUGCAUCUCUGAACGGAGGUGGGGGAGCAGCCAGCUGUGUGGCUGAUGGCCUUGUGGAGCUGGUGGAGGACAGCAGGCUCAAGCCUGUACCAGACAACAUCGUAGGUAAAGGAGAGGGCUUCCCCAUUACCAUGGCUAAUAUCAGUCCAAUCCUGGGCGUUGGCACUCCUGGCUUUCUGCAGAGCCGUCCGUCCCUCUGCUGCACCAGUCAGUGCAGUGCACUGAGUUCAUCCGAGGAGACCUCGGAGUUCACGGAGCAAGCACAGUGCCACCACUGGGGAACCGCGUCCCUUGGGACUUGGGUUGCUGCUGUGAAGAGGAGACUACGGCCAGCUGAGGAACCAUGCUACACGUCCACUCCCAAGACUGACCCCCCCAGCCAGGACUGCAGGUUGAGGGAGGCAAAGGAGAGGACGAAACUGACGGGAUUGAUGGAGCAAUUGUAAUGGAGUGAGACUAAAUUAACCAGCUGGGGCCGUGUGUUUGGUGUCCAAUCCAGUCCUCUGACAUCUUGUUAAUAAUUUACUCUUAAGUCUCCAUAGGAGCAUACAGCUCCAGUUCUUGUCUGUCUGGAGCUCUAACCUUUUCCUCCUGCUGGGGGUACGUUGCUAGAUUCCUCCUUCCUGCACCCACGUACUGUAUCAUGCAGAGUAGCUCCCCAGUUGUGUGCUGUCUCUUACCACUCCUGCUAGAGUCCAACUCUGGAGCUGUGCGCUUGCUCCAUCUGAAAUGGCCCUAGUCUUCUGCAAUCUGGGGACAUGAUGCAUAGUAAAUUGGCAGUAGCAGAACCUGCUGUAAGUAGUGGGGCAACGAUUCUGCUGCUUAACGGAGGUUGUGACGAUAGUACUUGGGUAUGUUUGGGGUUCUGUGGGUGGGCCAGGAGGGAUGUUCCAUUAGAUGUGAAAUCCUGCGAUGGCAGGCAUUCACUGGAAUGGGCAAGGGACUGUCUCAGGGGACUAACACUGGGCUACAGAAUCUUCCGCUGCUCGGGCACGAGAGCAUAUCCAGCACCAGACAUGAUUUUCAGUCACUUUUACAGCUUAAAAGUGCAUCAAAGCAAAAGUGCCAACGUUUUUCUAAUGCAUUAACUGCUUGGGAAAGGAGGGGGGGUUGAUGGAAAACGGGCCGAGUGUCUUCCACAGAGCAUGCUAGCAAUGCCAGCGGAUACGACGAAUGUCAGAGACCCUCUCUGCCUGGCUCUGACUCUAGGGCUGAGGCUGCAGCAGUAGGAACUGUAGUCUCCUCUACGAUGGCCUAGCUCUGCUACCUGCAGCCAAGGGAAGGUACAGAUGUUAAAUCGGGCAUUUAAAGAUCUUACUAAGCAACUAAAGCAUGGGGCCUCUUACGUAUUUGUGACAACGUCUUGAAACUCGGCCAUUAGCAGCCAUCCUUCCAGAGGGUUAUUUCCCCAGCUGCUUGCUUCUCCCCACCUUGGAGGAACAGCUGCUGGCUGGGUGGUUUUUGUAUCUUGACCUCUGCCCGAAGCCAGAGUCUUUCCCUUUCCAGGCAAACACGAGUUCACAACCAGGCACCGUGAUCUUCCCUUCUAGGGUGGGGAGGGCCGACCAAUCCCUGCUGCAGGGUUCAGGAGGCCUUUGCCCCCAGGGGACUUCUUCACCUCCACUUCCAGGUGGCACCAUGAAGGAGCCCCGCUCCUCUUUCUACUCCAGGCUGAAGCCCCUCAGGGUAUGUUUACACUGCAGCUGGGUGAGCUCCCAGCCCAGGUAGACAGACUUGCACUAGCUUGGCUUGAGCGAGGGUGCUAGAAAUAGCAGCGUGGACGUUGUGGUUCCAGUGGAGACUCAGGCUGGCCACGUGAGCUCAGAUCCAGUAAAGCCUGAGCUGCUGCCCAAGUCGCAGUGUCCACACUGCUAUUUUUAGCGCACUAGCUGAAGCCCAGCUGGUGUGAGUCUGCCUGCCCAAGCUGGGGGGCUCACUCCCAGCUGCAGUGUAGACAUACUCUAAAUCAGGAGCAGAAUCCUGCCUGUCACAGAGCCGCUUCCUACGCUGGCCUCUGCUCAGGCUUUCUCUCCAGCCUUCUUGCAGUCCUCCACCCAACUGCUCCAUCUCCAGGCCUCUUUCCCCGCUCCCUAGGGAAGGCCUCACUCCAGAUCUUGCUUCAAUCCUGCUGUCUCCCAGACUGAGCACAGAGCUUGCCUGCCCCCAAUUCAAACCAGGGCUGACUUCCCGCUUGGUCACGUGAUCCGUCGGGGGAAACUGAGGGGCUGAGCCUUGGAGCAGGGGUGGCUGCACCUACGCGUGCCCUUAAAGGGACACACUGCACUACAGCUCAGAGGGCUGGUCAGCGAGCUGCUGGCUUGGCUCACAGUCUGUAGUGUGCCAGCAUCCAGCGCACAGACACAGAGAACAGGGUGAAUAAAAGGCCCCCAAAAAUGUCCUUGCUAUGUCUGAGCAUUCCGUUAAAAUGGAUGGUUUGUCAGUUCCAGGCAGUGACUCCAGCCCAGCUGAAGCAGGAACAGAAAACAGGUGGGGAUGGAAUUGGGCGUUUCUUAGCUUAGCCAGAACAAUAAUGUUUGGAGUCAUUUAUUUCAAGCCCAGGCAAAUUCAUUUCCUUCCUCGUUUAACAAAAGAAGUGAAGUCACAUUGGUCUUUGAGCACUAUCCCACUCGUAUUGACUACACCUGGCAGAAUUGUCCUGCUGUGCCGCUAACAUGGCCUGCUGCCAAGGAGGAGAGCCGUGAUUUACUGACCAGGCGAGCAAUCAGUAAAAGCUGCCUUCCCUAUUUUGAUUGAGUUUUAACAGCUUGGACAUGCCUAGUUGGGCAGGUUUCACAAGAUGGCUUUUCAUGUUUUUAACUAACGCUUGGGUGCUAAUGUCACACUGAAGCUAGUUUCCAGUGUAACUAACUCGGGGUUGUAUUUUUUUAUGACUAUACAAUAGCAUUUUGGAUGUGCUCGGUAUGGAAAGAGACAGUUGUAGUGAGUUCUAAUCUCACUAACUACAUCAGCAGAUAUAUUCUGGAGGCACUGUAGUGGCUCCAUUCUUCAGCUUUUAUUACGCUUUUACCUUGGACAGUAUCUCUGACUGACUGGUGUUUUAAAAACCACGAAAAGUAACAAAUCCUGUCUGAAUUUUUGGAUGUGUUGUGUUAACUGAGGGGUGCUCAAGGGACAAAAUAUAUCUCCAAAAAUGUAA